UCCAUUUUGCCGUCGUGCUCGUAAUCUAAUCUGCGCGAGGUUAGGUUCGUAUAAAAUGGCGGCGAUAUAUAAAUGGCGGCGGUGCGACCAGAUGAUGUCAUGCAAAGUUAACCACGCCCACAACUGAAUGCGCUCUAAAGACAGAUGGCUCCAGGUCCAGUUCAAAAGAUGCUUAACGCGCACGCGCAGUAAAGACAACAACAGCACAUUACACAAAACAAUGGCGACCGCCGUUGAGAAUAUCGUUAAAGUGCUUGGAGAGCAGUACUAUAAAGAUGCUCUUGAACAGUGUCACAGUUAUAAUGCCCGGCUGUGUGCUGAACGUAGCAUCCUCAUGCCCUUCCUGGACUCCCAAACUGGAGUUGCCCAAAGCAACUGCUAUAUCUGGAUGGAAAAGAGACAUAGAAGUGCAGGGACCGCACCAGGACAGCUGUAUACGUAUCCUGCACGACGCUGGAGGAAGAAAAGAAGAGCUCAUCCUCCAGAGGAUCCUGCUUUGGUUUUUCCUCCACUCAAAACUGCUGAACUGGAACUAGGCAUAAAGAAAGAUGUAUUGGGUCCUCUGGAUGGAAGUAGCCUGGAAGCCUUACUAAAAGGAGAACCCCUGGAUAAAAGAGUACCCACAGAACUCCGAACUCAACCAGAGGAAGAAACCAAUCUGCCGGAGGUCACCGGACCCAGUGCCCCCAGCACCCAUACUGGCUCCACACGUGUUAGAAAGAGAAUCCUUGAGCCAGAAGAUUACUUGGAUGAUCUGGAUGAUGAAGAUUUUGAGGAAGAGACUCCAAAAAGACGUGGAAAAGGAAAGUCUAAGGGCCGUGGGAUAGGAAAUGGAAAGAAGAAAUUGGAAGCUGCUGCCGCAGCCCAAGAAGAUCGGGAUAAACCGUAUGCUUGUGAUAUUUGUGGAAAGCGCUACAAGAACAGACCAGGUUUAAGUUAUCACUAUACACACUCUCAUCUGGCUGAUGAAGAAGGAGAGGACCGAGAAGAACCUGAGAUUCAUCCGCCUCCCCCACAAGAGGAAACCAAGACCCCUAAGAAAGGUCCAAAUGGCCUUGCGUUACCCAAUGACUAUUGUGACUUCUGCCUGGGUGAUUCCAAUAUGAACCAGAAAACAGGCCAGUCUGAGGAGCUGGUGUCCUGCUCCGACUGCGGACGUUCAGGACAUCCAUCAUGUCUGCAGUUCACCACCGUAAUGAUGGCAGCUGUAAAGACCUACCGCUGGCAGUGUAUCGAGUGCAAGUGCUGCAAUGUUUGUGGCACAUCCGAGAACGAUGACCAGCUUCUAUUCUGUGAUGACUGUGACCGAGGAUAUCACAUGUACUGCCUCAGCCCACCAAUGUCUGACCCUCCAGAAGGAAGCUGGAGUUGUCACCUGUGUUUGGCUCUUUUAAAAGACAAGGCCUCCAUUUAUCAGAGCCAGAACAACUCGAUGGAGUAACGGCGUUACCAUGACAACAGGCGAGCCUGUAUCCCUCACACGUACACACAGAAACCCAUUUCUACUGUGGUACGGUUUUACAGUGUGGUGGACAUGAAGAGGUUAUUGGCCCUGUUUUUUAUUUCACUGUGACUUACACAUUUACACAUCAUAAAGCGUGUUUUUAAUGGACUGAGUACACACAGGUGAAGUAUGUAAUAGAUUAUUUGUACUACAUGCAUUAUUUGCAACAUUUCCACAUUAUGUUGGUCCGAAUGGUACAGAUGAUUCGGCAUCUGUUUAUGCAUUGCCAAAUAUUUUUUCUUUUCUGCUUACUCAAAACACAUUUGUUUACAUGAAAGCGAACGUAUGGCUUGAUCUUCCAAGGAUGUUAUGGAUUUAAACAUUUAAUUGUACAAGCAGUGUAUCUCUGUAUCUUCAGAUUUUAAAACCAGGAGAUGGUGCUGUAUUAUUAUUAUUAAUAUUAUUAUUAUUGUUAAUAUUAUUUCAGUCUAUUACUACAUCUAUCUCAUGUAUCUGUUUUAAUCACACAAAAACACUCUCAUAAGGCGGGUUAUCUUUUGUAGUAGAAUUUUGUAUAUGGUAUAACCCAUAUCUAUUACUGUCGACUAAUUAUAUUGAAUUAUUGUCAGUACCGUAUCGUUUUUUGGUAAUUCAUGUUGGUUUGUAAUUGGUAUUGAAUGUAUUUUGCUGUAUUUUUUAUUUACAUUUUUCAUAUUGCCCUUUCCAUAAUAAACAUGCAUGUAACAGA